AUUUAGUCGACUUGCAGAGGCGAAGCUAAUUUUAGCCCCCCGCCCCGGUAGCGCCUGUCUGUCAUCCUGCUUGGCUGCUUCCUCGUGCUAAUAACCCCGGCUGCCCUGCUAACAUUAUCCGCCGUUUAAACGUCUGCUGCUUUGAGCGCAGUUAACAUCUGAAGAGGCUGGCCGACUCUUUGACACUCUUUAUUUGCUGUGAAAGGGUGCUCCAGUACAUCAUGUGAGCUGUGCAAAACCCUUUUGAUACCUACAAGUGGCUGCUGAUGUGGUGGACCUGAGUUUGACCCUUGGGAACCCCUGGUCUCACUUUUUUAUGAGAGCCUGGGGAAAAUGUGGCCACAGAUUAUGGAUUUAGGAACUCAUCUUUCAUGAGAGUUUUACUUUACAGCGUUUCAGUCAAAUAGCUGUAAGGAACAUGGAGAGAGAAGCGGCUAAGAAAGAGAUGGAUGUUACAGACACUGACGAGGAGAUCCCUGAUGGUGUUUCGGCCUCAGUGACCAGCUCCAGUCAGUGUGAGGUUGAGGAUGACUGCGAGCAGGAGGACAAAACAGCCUAUCUCAAAUCUCAGGAAAUCCCAAACCCAGCCACUUUACAAGACCCCGGAGGUGGUGAAGCAGAGGCCAAAGAUGAUACCGAGGAGGUUUCAGAUGGGUUUGAGCAUGACACGUCAGCAGAUCAUGAAAACUCGCAGGUUAUAAACCAAGAAGAGGAUGAUGCUGCAAAGGAGCAGCACAUGAAUGGAGAGUCUGGUUGGAGGAACGUGGGAAGUGGAAGGAGGUGCAAACUGAGGAGCGGUGGGUCAGUUUUAGAGCAGAUUCAGAAAGGCAAUGUUAUGUCAAGCGGCGGUCGGCACAAGCAGACCCGCAGACGUAACCACCACCACCAUCAGCAGAACCGGGGCAGACGACGGACAGGAAAUCAGCUCGUCUUAGCUUUCAGGGAGAUGCUGUCAGAGUCUCUGAGCUUCUGGUGCAUCUCCUGCAUCCACAUGAUGAUUGAGAUUAUUGUCACUUUAACUCACAACUGUGGAGUCGGAGUGGAGACUGGAGUUGUAAAACUUUACAACCUCUGGCAGCAGGUCCUUGUGAAGAUCACUGAUGUUCCUGGAAUGAAGGCAGAUGCAAUCCGGAUUCUGAAAUGGACAAAGUCCACCGGAGCUUGCCUGGUAGAUAAAACUGUUAGGUCAUUAAAGUGGGUAAAGUCAGCUGCCUUAUCUUGUUUCACACUUUUUUGUGCUUUGGUUAUUCUUGGAUCCCAGUGGGCAAAGGGGGUUUUGCUUCGUAUUGGUGGAGAUAAGGGGAAACUCUAUUGGACAGCUUUUCAGGAGUCACGUUUUUGGAAGAGGGUGUUGUCCUUGCUGGAGAGAGUCCGAAGCUUAUUCAGAAGGGACGGUGACCUACCACCAUCCAUGCCGGAGUCACCUGGCAGAGCAGGAAGAGCUCAGCCAGGCCAGGAGUUGGAGAGACUGCUGGCACUGGUUGAGGUACCAGAGGAUGAGCUUGACCCCUUUAUUGUCCUUGGUGUUGAGGUGCAUGCCACUGACACUGAGCUGAAGAAGGCCUACAGACAACUGGCUGUCCAGGUCCAUCCAGACAAGAAUAAACACCCACGAGCUGGAGAGGCGUUCAAAGUGCUCAGAGCUGCCUGGGAUAUUGUCAGUAAUCCAGAGACACGACGAGAGUAUGAGUUGAAGCGCAUGGCAGCGACUGAGCUCUCAAAGUCCAUGAACGAGUUUCUCACUAAACUGCAGGAUGACCUGAAGGAAGCCAUGAACACUAUGAUGUGUACCAAGUGUGAAGGCAAACACAAGCGGUUCGAGAUGGAUCGUGAACCUGCUGAGGCUCGGUUCUGUGCUGAAUGCAACCGUUGCCAUAGCGCCGAGGAAGGGGACCUGUGGGCUGAGUCCAGCAUGUUGGGCCUACGCAUCACAUACUUUGCCUGUAUGGAUGGUAAGGUGUAUGAUAUUACAGAGUGGGCUGGUUGCCAAAGAAUCGGCAUUUCUCCUGAUACACAUCGUGUCCCGUAUCACAUCUCCUUUGGUUCAAAGAACAACAGCAAUGCCACACGACAUAGGACGCCGUCAGAGCACGCCACAGGCCCGACCAACCCUGCCGAUUUGCAGGACUUCUUCAACCGAAUCUUUAAGGGAGGACCUCCUAAUGACAUGGCUGCCAAUGGAAGCUUCUUCCACUCAGGUUCGCCUCAUCACCCCCCUGGUGCUGGAGCACCUCCUUUCUCCCCUCCCCCAAGUCAGACAGGUUUCUACAUGCCGGGAGGUCACCGGCCUGACUCCAGCGAGACGUGGGCUGAAAGUGGCAAACCCCCCAGAAGGAGGAAGAAGGUCCGCAAACCCUUCCAGAGGUGAAGUUUGACGACUCAUUAGUGUAUGAAAACAGCAACACAGGGAUACGAAAUAAAAUGGCCAUGUUUGUCUCUCACCUGCCUGUUGGCAUGCCAAGAUCUGAACUGGAAAAAGAUUCAAGGGGGUCAGAUCAGCCAGAGCAGGGAGAGACUGGAUCACGAAGAGGAGCCUGUGGACUGAAUACAAGUAUUGAAGUAGGGCUGAAGGAGGUGGCAGUGAUGGUGCUUUACCUCUUAAUUCACCUUAUUUUUUUUUUUUUCCAUUUUGGUCUUAAAGACAACUGUAGCCUUGGCAUUGAAGUCCUUAUCAGGAUGUCGUAAUGAAACCUUUUCUUUUUAUCAUUUCCUGCCAAAUCCUUCACUGCAUGUUUUCACCUGCAUUUUAACACUUCAUUUCUCUCACUUUUGUUGAUGUUUUAUAUAAGGUUAGCUUAAGAAAUCGGCUCCAGGCAGAGUGACAGUUGAGGAGAAGGUUAAAGUCAGUGGGACUGUGGUUUGUGCAUCACUAUGAUGGAGAAAUGAAGAUACUGAUUUGGGCAGCUUCACACUGUUUAGUGUUACUGUUAUUAAGAGGCUUGUGGAUCUACUACUGAAGCUGCACCUCGCCCACCAUAAGAAGGAAUCCAACCCAACACAUCUGAGCUAAAUUAUUUAGAAUAACUCUGCACAGCAGCAAGUUUUGAAACUUUUAGUGAGAAGUCAUACUGUUUUUUAUGAACAGGCCUAAACAUGUUGUUUUUCAGAGACCAAGGUGUGGUUGUGCAUGUGAUAUAUAAAUAAAGAUUACGGAGAGGCAACUCACCUUUUAAGAAGUUGAUGUUUUGCCCUGGACUUUCUGCAGUGGUAGCAUUGUAAUGUGCAGAUACUACAGGAUGUCUAGAAAUGCAGCACAGCCACAUACUCUGUCAGAAUAAGAUAAGCUAGAAUUGGCACUGAGAUUGUGUCUCUUACCAGAGAAUCAUAUUGUGGAUUUAGAUCACUUGCUUAAAAUUUUAAACAGCUGCUUGAUUCUUAAAUUAAAAAAAUGCUUCUACUUUGUGGCCAGCAUGUAAACCUACAGCGUUGUUUUCCCUCGGUACUGUUGGACCUUAUUUUGGAUAUGACAGAUUAACACUAGACAACAGUUUAUAAAAUAUCUCGCCACUGCAACUAAUUUGCGUGGUGGUUCAAGCAGCUGGUGAAAAAUCUUUCAUUCUGGACCUACUUGUUUGGUGGCACGUUUUGAGCCGGUUAUACUUCUUCAUAGCAUCAUUCAGCCGUGACUGACUGCCACCCAGCUCAGGACACGUCAGAUCUGAUUUGAGUCCAAAGCAAAUUGUCCUUAUGUUUGCUUGUUUUAGAAGUGUGGCAUCAUCUCAGUGGCUCCUAACAGGUUUUGCAGUCAUGUGUUGCAUAUUUGUGUUUUCUUCUGUUUAACUCAGAAAAGGUUCAGAUUUCGGGGUCACAAGUUCUCGUAAAAUCUAACCAGACCCUAAACAACUGAUGUCCUUUUAAUAUCCCCAGUAUUACUGUGUGUAACUACAUGAAGGGGGUCAGAAAGUCCCAGUUAGUUGCAUUUUGUUGUUUGGUUUGUUGUUAACAUGUUUAUUGCUCAGAAAUUACACUUUAAUUUUUGUCAAAGCUUAAUGAAAGAAAACAGAGUUGUUAUUGUUUACACCUGACAUGAAGAUUGUGUAGUGAUAUGGCAAUUGUAUGCUAUGAGGAAACUGAUAAAAACCUUUUUUUUUUUUUUUACAUUUACAGUUGAUCACUAUGAAUAUGUCCAUUGUUUAUUUUUUCUUUGUGUUAAUUUGCACACCCACCACUGUAAUAACAUGAGAGGGAUUCUGAACAGUCAUCAGUGGUUUCACCCAGCCAGAAAGGCUCCAGCUGCAGCUGAGUAGGAGGUGUAGCUCAGUAAGCUAACAGCUCAUUUACAAAUCAAGAGUUUUUUGGUUUUUUUUUUCUUUUUGGUAGAAUCUGGAAGUUAAAUGAGUGACAAACAUCAUUCGAUUGCACAACUGUUAAAAGUAUGUGAAUUCUUUUUUGUAAUGUAAACCGUGUGUUUGCCUGGAAGUUUGAAAGAAGCCUUUGUUGCAAAUAUAAUUUGAGCUCAAGCAGGACAUUUGCCAUGUUUCCUUCAAGUGUCAAAUAGUUUUUCGUUAUAUGUAUUUCACCAGUUUCCUGGACAUGGAGUGAAUAAAUGAACUAAAGUGAUGUUCUUUUACAAGGACCCAGUUCAAAAUAUAAAAUGAGUUUUAAGUUCUAGUUAAAAUAAAAACAUAAAGCCUGUUUCCAACCAAAUUAGGGUUUUGAACUGAACGGGGUUAAAUCCAGAUAAACCAUCUCUGCGUACGGCAGCUGGGAUAGGCUCCAGCAACCCUGAGUUGGAUAAGUGGAAGAAGAUGGAUAGAUGAACAAAAUUACUUCACUAUGUUUCUUUAAUAGCAGUUACUCCAGAUUUGUAGUUUUUCCUUUUUUUUUUGCAUACUCAUUUUCCCAUUUACUUCUUUUGUAUCCAUACUUUCAGUUCACAUCAACACUGUCAAAGAUCUGCUUCAGUCCCUGUUCAGAAAACUGGACGCACAGCUGUGACUGCUUCAUCCUUGACCUGAGGAUGUGCCGUGAUGUAUGUUAAAAGGUAGCAGUUAAAAAUCCAAGAAGUCAAAGACAGAGCCAACGGAGUCACAUUUGUUUUCUUGCUUCAUGUUUUAAACAGAAUAUGCAGAAUUAUUGCAAAAAAUAUCAGACAAUCAUCAGGGUUUUUUGUAGGGAAUGAGGAGGCGAGUUCCCUGGCUGGUUUUAAAAUCUCACUGUUGGGUUUCUUUUCCCCGCCGCUUUCUCUGGUUUCCAAAAUAAAAAUGAUUUCCUAUAUGCACAA